AUGAGGAUAAUUUGCAGACAGCUUGUCUUGUUGUUUUCUGGCUUUUGGGGACUAGCAAUGGGAGCUUUUCCUAGCAGCGUGCAAAUAGGUGGUCUCUUCAUCAGGAACACAGAUCAGGAAUAUACUGCUUUUCGAUUAGCAAUUUUUCUUCAUAACACCAGCCCCAAUGCAUCCGAAGCACCUUUUAAUUUGGUUCCUCAUGUAGACAACAUUGAAACAGCUAACAGCUUCGCUGUAACAAAUGCCUUUUGCUCCCAGUAUUCUAGAGGAGUUUUUGCCAUUUUUGGACUAUAUGAUAAGAGAUCAGUACAUACCUUGACCUCAUUCUGCAGCGCCUUGCACAUCUCCCUCAUUACACCGAGUUUCCCCACGGAGGGUGAGAGUCAGUUUGUGCUGCAGCUGCGGCCAUCUCUGCGGGGAGCCCUCCUGAGCUUGCUGGAUCAUUAUGAAUGGAACCGCUUUGUCUUCCUGUAUGACACAGAUCGAG